AUGACAAAUAAUCUAAACAGUACCCAAAAUCUGGUGCAUCCGGACUGGGAAAUAUUGGACCCAACGCCAGACAUCUACUCGCUCUUUCCAUUGUUUGAUCGGAAGUUCUUCCAAUCCCGAUUGUCCUGUGUUCAGCUGGAAUGGAGCAAGAAAAUGUACAACUGUGCGGGUAUCUGUUAUCAACGUUCGAACCGUUUGGGGAAGAGCUGUAUCAUACGAUUGAGUGAGCCGUUGCUGAAAUUACGCCCGCGGAAAGAUUUAAUACAAACGCUGCUACACGAAAUGAUCCAUGCGUACUGUUUCGUGCUCGGGAUCCGGGAAGGGAACGGUGGACAUGGACCAACGUUUAAAAAAAUAAUGAACGGCAUCAAUAAAAUAGCGGGCACCAAUAUUACGGUUUACCACACAUUCCACGACGAAGUUGACCUGUACAAAACGCACUGGUGGAAGUGUAAUGGUCCGUGCCAGCAUAAACAUCCUUUCUAUGGGUUAGUGAAACGUACCACCAACCGCAAACCGGGAUCGUACGACUUUUGGUGGCAAGAACAUAAGCAGACGUGCGGCGGUGAGUUCAUAAAAAUACGGGAGCCAUCCCCGAAGCGGAAGCGUGCAUUGACCAACAAAGAAAACAUUAUCGGAUCACCACAAACAUCCAACCAGAGUCGUUCGCAAGAUGCAAAAUCGAAAACAAAUAAUCCAAGCAGUCAAAAGAAUGUAAUAUCCAACUAUUUCAACAACUCCUCUACCUCUACGGGCAGUUCACCGAAAAAACCAACAUACAUCCCCGGAGCAAAGCCAAACUUUGGUGGUGGUACGUUGGUAUUACGAAAACCACCGACCACACAACCGCGCACGGUAACGCCCAAAGUUGAACAAUCUCCUGCAUCGUCGUCCCGAAAGGUGGCUACCGCUACUGUAAAAACACCUCCGGAAGGUAAUUUGCGUAACGUAAAACAGUUUAAGGAUUUAUCAUCCGGCGUGGACGAACCACCGAAAAGAACGACACCUCCUAUUCCCGUGUUUACGGGCACUGGAUUCAUCCUCGGUUCCGCUGGCAGUGCGGGCGAAAGAAGAAGCCGGCUGUUGGACAAAUUUCCCGUUGCUACUAGCAACCGCAGCAACAAAAGUGGAAAUAUUGCUAAGCCUACUUCGCCGAAAAAACCACGCAUCGAAUUGCCACCCAAACCAACCAGCACCAGUAGUACAAAUGACCCUACAGAAUCUGUGCUGCUGUCUGACGAUUCCGACGACAUGUUCGAUGAGAUUGAUUUAACCGCCGUGGGCAGCAUGAAAACAGAUCGAACCGAAUCGAUCCGCAAGGAAAUAGUGGAUUCGUUUGAAAAUGAUGAGAUGGAUGAAAUUCUUCUCAUUGACAACGAGUACGAUGACGAGCUGGCAGAUGUCGAACAACUGUCCAUUAUCGACGAUACGUUACGCGAUCCAUCGGUGAUUGAUGAGUUGUUUAACGAAAGCGAUGAACUGAUUGACGAUUUCAACCGAACAAAUGCAAAAAUUAAAAUUGAAAAACCGGACGACGAAAUAGUGUGCUGUCCGAUGUGUUUGGCGAAAAUGGUUCGUGCCAAGAUAGGCGAUCAUCUUAACCAAUGCUACACGCUGAUCUCCGGCGGACCAAGUGCCACACACCGAAAGUCAACAACGCUAGUCCCCAGUGUACCGAGUUCAACGAUCCAUGACACAAACCAACCGUCCACAUCCAAGGCUACCCCCCCGGCCAGAGCAACACCAACAGCGACAUCGUCAAAGAGCCAGAAAAAACCGACCUGUGAUUUGAUUGCGGCUCAGGAGCAACUUUUACGGGACUGCGGUUACAACGAACAGGACAUAGCGAAUGUGCUGGAAGACAUGAGCGCCGAAAGUAUGCCGGCACCUAGUAUGGCAGCACUGCAGGAGCAGAUGUUGCGUGACUGUGGUUACACGGAGGAGGACAUAAGACGGGUACUGGAUGAUGCGUCGCCGGAAGAAGCAUUAUCAAGCAAUGACGUGGAAUUUGUUUCGGCGAUAGAAGACUGUGACUGUCCGAUCUGUGGUAAGAAGGUGGCAUUGAAUUUGAUCAACCAACAUAUUGACCUGUGUCUUAUGAAAUAA